AUGCAGAUCCACGCCGUCUCCAAAUCCAACAACGCCGACCAUUCCACGAUCACUCUCACCCCUUCCCUCAAUCCACUAUCUCCCGCCCUCACAUCUAGCAACCUCAGUUAUGCGCGCGCCGGCCACUUCAUCCGCUGGUGGGACACUUAUCCCCUUCCGUCAAACUCGCCUGCGCCUUAUAACAACCAGGCAGCGUGGGGAAUCGUGCUCGCAUGGAGGUACGGUAUUGUUUUAGAGAGCACGACAUCUAUCCAACCAGGCACUCAAACCUGGGGCUUCUGGCCCACCGCAGAUACCCCGGUCGAUCUCAACCUGACUCCGGGUCAGUCAAGCGACCACUGGAUCGAGACCAGUGUGCAUCGGCAAGCGCUGAUGCCGCUGUAUAAUAUCUACGUGGUGACUAACGAGAAAGAUAAGGAGCGCAUGGCCUGGUCGGCUGUGUUCGAUGGUAUCUGGCGAGCUGGAUAUCUGAUGAGCGAGUAUGUGCUGAAUCCGCAAAGACCGAUUCAUCCCCUCGGUGACAGUGCAGGCCUUCCCUGGACGGCUGAAGAUGCUGAUAUCUCUGAGGCGAUGGUGAGUGCUCUGGCGGCAUCCACUAAGACGGCGCGCUCUUUCGUGUAUAAUCUGGCGAGGCGGUCGACAGGAUCCCCCUUGGGGUUGGUCCUGGUGAGCUCGUCGCCGGGGCCAUUGGUCUAUCCGGUGGCCAAUGCGGCUUUCUCUGUGCAUGCUAUUUCGUAUGAUGAGCUGGCGAAAUCAGCUGAGUGGCUGGGGGACCGCAAGCCAAAGAAACUGGUGGUUCUGGAUUUCGGACCCAGGGGUGAUGGUCUGAAUCAACUGUGCGAUGUGAUCGAGCGGACAGAGGAAUUGGAGAUGAGUAAGAGGGUAAUCAUUCAAAUUGGAAGUCAACAAAAGGUCUACACGGCCGAGGAACUCCAAGCCUCGCGACAUGCAAUGGUGACCAAGAGCAAGAUCCAGUACAAUACAUCCGGCGUGCAGGAUACCCUACUACAGGGUGAUAAUCCAGGAGACUAUCUUACCCCCGUGGACGAGCGCUGGGGCCAGUGGUUAAAUGACCGCGCUGUCGCCGUCCCCGACAUGCGUCUUGUCUGGAGACAGGGUAUUGAUGGACCGCAGGGUAUUCAUGGCGGUUGGGAGAGACUCUGUCGAGGAGACGUGGGAUCUGAUGAAUGCCUUGUGUACGAAUUAUAG